CAACAGCAACAGCAGCAGCAGCAGCAGCAACAGAUGCAGCAGCAACAUCAUGUGGAACAGCGAGUGGAGCGUCCAUUGGGCUCUCGGUCUCGUCUUCGACGCUCCGCAGCUGAUCGUGACCAGGUGGCUAUAGUCCUUCCCUGUGCCCCCACAGGUGCUCCUGUGGCCCUGAUGGCUGAAUCGUCCUCAGCCCCCGAUUUAAGUCAUAUGUCCGAGUAUGAGCCAAGUCGUUUGGUGCGUUUUUGCCUUCGUCUGGGCCUUAACUCUCUACUGCAUCCAUAUGAAGUGGCCAAGAUACUCAUACAAUUGGGCCACGAGCCACUUUCGGCGAUUCCGUACCAGCUUCCGUUCGUGGGAUGGCGUCCACGCCUCUAUUUGCCCGGCGUGCAGCGCUAUGUGACUCACAUCUAUCAGUUGGAUGGAAUCCGGGGUCUAUAUCGCGGACUCGGUCCUCGUGUUAUUGCCGGUGUAUUGGACUAUACACUUGGCGAUAUGCUGAUGAAUGCCAUCCGGCUAACUCCAUAUACCAAUGUCGAGUCACAUGUUGGUGCCAAGGAGUUCUUGUGGAAUCUGAUGUGCGACACAAUACGUCUGGCCACAUCGGUGGCCAUUACCCAUCCCUUCUAUGUGGUAAUGGUGCGCCAGGUGGCCCAGUUCGUUGGCCGGGAGACGGUCUAUGAGGGUAUAUGGACCAGUCUGAAGAUUAUCCUUGAAACCGAUGGAUGGGAAGGACUCUAUGCCGGCGCCGUGCCCCUCUUUCUGGGCGAAUUGGCCAUUCUGGCCGGCUCCAGUGCCCUGUGUCAUUUGUGUCAGCGCCUCGUCCCGAUGAAUUUGCACUCGUAUCAAUAUAAUGGUGCCAUCAUCCAAAUGGUGGUCAGCAAACUGGCAUAUCCAUUGCAUGUCACUGCCGCCUGCAUGGCGGCCACCGGGGCACCACUCACCGCCUGCGAGCCGCCACGGAUGCCCCUCUAUAAUCACUGGAUCGAUUGCCUUGCUGAUCUUCAAGCCCGUGGUGGACACCAUCGUGGCGGUCUCCUCUUUUGGCGUACAAUCCCCAAGAUGCAGUUGAUGGGCCGAAUGGAUGCUAGUAUUCCAGUCAAUGCUUAAAAUAAUUUCAUAGCCGGAAGUGAUGCAACGGAACGAUGAUGAAGAUUUCACAGGAUUGCCUUAUAAUAGUCGAGUCGGAAACCAAACAAAUCAGAAUGGUAUAGUAAAUUGUUUGAUAGAUCUCAAUAAUGUUUAAUAAAUGAUGCUUACUUCCCAA